AUGGCGCUAUCAGCGUCGGACUUGCCUACGAUGUACACAUUGCUCGGCAAUUCAUUGAGCAGUGACCAAACUGUGCGGGAGCUAGCCGAAGAUUCCCUCGUGCAAUCCGAAAGCCGGCCCGGUUUCUGUUCUUGCCUCAUGGAAGUAAUAACAGCGAAGGAUUUAGCAUCCCAGGAUGAUGUACGAUUAAUGGCAUCAGUAUAUUUCAAGAAUAGUAUAAGUCGGUAUUGGAGGAACAGGCGUGACUCCACGGGUAUAAGCAAUGAAGAGAAACUGCAUUUGAAGAAAAAAUUGCUGUCACAUUUGAGAGAAGAGAAUUAUCAGAUUGCUCUUACAUUGGCUGUUAUCAUCUCAAAGAUCGCUCGUAUUGACUAUCCAAAGGAAUGGCCAGACCUCUUCUCUGUCUUAGCACAACAGCUACAAUCUUCUGAUAAUCUUUCUUCUCAUAGAAUAUUCAUGAUCCUUUUCCGGACAUUGAAGGAGUUGUCAACUAAACGCCUUACUUCAGAUCAGAGGACCUUCGCUGAGAUAGCGUCCCAAUUCUUCGAUUACAGCUGGCACCUUUGGCAGAGCGAUGCACAGAUAAUAUUGCACGGUUUUUCCAUGCUUGCUCAAAAUGCUUCCGAGUUGCAUCCUGACGAUCUUUACCUAACAUGUGAAAGAUGGUUUCUGUGUUCAAAAAUUAUACGUCAGUUGAUAGUCUCUGGUUUUCCAAGUGAUGCAAUGUCUGUCCAGGAGGUGCGGCCAGUCAAGGAGAUAUCUACAGUCCUGUUGAAUGCCAUCCAAUCGCUUUUCCCACACUAUUCAUCUUUUCAAGAGAAACAUCCCAAAUUCUGGGAGUUCUUGAAGAAAGCAUGCACUAAAUUAAUGAAGAUUCUAAUUGCAAUUCAGCGCAGACAUCCUUAUUCAUUUGGCGACAAAAAUGUCUGUGGUCCUGUCAUUGACUUUUGCUUAAAUAAGAUCACAAAUCCCGAACCAGAUAUGUUUUCAUUUGAAGAAUUUCAGAUACAGUGCAUGUCAAUGGUAAAGUCUCUUCUGGAAUGUAAAGAAUACAAGCCACGCUUGACUGGCCGUGUUAUGGAUGACAACAGAAUCACCCCUGAGCAGAUGAAGAAAAACCUAUCUACUGCAGUUUCUGGUGUCCUUGCGACCCUUUUGCCUGAUGAACGAGUAGUGUUGUUGUGUAAUGUGCUAAUAAGGAGGUAUUUUGUUUUAACACCAAGUGAUUUGGAAGAGUGGUACCAGAACCCCGAGUCUUUUCAUCACGAACAAGAUUCAGUUUUGUGGUCGGAGAGAUUAAGGCCAUGUGCUGAAGCCUUGUACAUUGUUUUGUUUGAGAAUCACAGCCAACUGCUAGGCCCUGUUGUGGUUUCCAUUCUUCAAGAGGCAAUGAAUGGUUGCCCUUCUUCUGUUAAUGAAAUGACUCCAGCACUGCUUCUCAAGGAUGCUGCUUAUGGUGCUGCUGCUUAUAUUUAUUAUGAGCUCUCAAAUUAUGUGAGCUUCAAGGACUGGUUCAAUGGUGCAUUAUCUCUUGAACUUACAAACGAUCAUCCAAACAUGCGAAUCAUUCACAGGAAAGUUGCAUUGAUUCUGGGGCAGUGGGUUUCGGAGAUUAAAGAUGACACCAGAAGACCAGUAUACUGUGCUUUAAUCAAAUUGCUUCAGGAAAGAGACUUGUGCGUCAGGUUGGCAGCAUCACGGUCCUUGUAUUUCCAUAUUGAAGAUGCAAAUUUCUUGGAGCAAGAUUUUUUGGAUCUUCUUCCAGUGUGUUGGGAUUCAUGUUUCAAACUGGUAGAGGAAGUCCAGGAAUUCGACUCUAAGGUGCAAGUAUUGAAUACAAUCGCUAGUCUCAUUGCACGGGUCACUGAAGUUAUUCCUUAUGCAAACAAGUUGAUGCAGUUUUUCCAGAAGGCCUGGGAAGAAUCCUCUGGUGAAAGCCUUCUGCAGAUUCAGCUUUUGGCAGCACUCAGGAACUUUGUAGUUGCACUUGGUUAUCAAUCACCUAUCUGUUACAACAUUGUAGUCCCCAUUUUACAGAGUGGGAUCCAUGUAGAUAGCCCUGAUGAACUUUUGGAAGACACCAUGCAGCUGUGGGAAGCCACUCUUUCUCAUGCCCCCUCAAUAAUGCCUCAGCUAUUAAGCCAUUUCCCAUGUCUGGUGGAAAUCUUGGAAAGAAGCUUUGAUCACUUAAAGAUGGCUGCCAGCAUCAUUGAAAGCUACAUAAUUUUGGGUGGAAUUGAAUUUCUCAAUAUGCACGCAUCUACUCUUGCAAAACUUCUAGAUUUGGUUGUUGGUAGUGUCAAUGAUAGGGGGUUGCUUUCAAUUCUUCCGCUUGUGGAUACUUUAGUUCAGUGUUUCCCGACUGAGGUGCCCCAGUUAAUUAGCACAAUUAUACAGAAAUUACUCGUCAUAUGCUUGACUGGAGGAGAUGAUCAUGAUCCUUCUAAAACAGCUGUUAAAGCAUCUUCAGCAGCCAUACUAGCAAGGGUUUUAGUCAUGAACACUAAUUACCUUGCGCAACUGACGUCAGAACCAUCACUUUUAGCACUCUUACAGAAAGCUGGAUUCCCAAGUGAAGAAAGCAUACUUCUUUGCCUGGUAGAUGUAUGGCUUGACAAGGUUGAUAAUGUAAUUUCCACCCAGAGGAAGACACUUGGUUUAGCUCUUUCUAUAAUUUUAACUUUGAGAUUGCCUCAAGUGCUUGAUAAACUUGAUCAGAUCUUAAGCGUAUGCACAAGUGUGAUAUUGGGUGGAAGUGAGGACUUAACUGAAGAAGAAUCAAGUAGUGAUAAAAUGUACUCCAGUGGCUCACAAGUUCCUAGCAAAGAGUUGAGGAGGAGACAGAUUAAAUUCUCUGACCCGAUAAACCAGAUUUCCUUGGAGAACUCAGUGAGGGAAAAUCUCCGAACAUGUGCUGCUCUUCAUGGGGAACCAUUUAAUGCUGCCAUUUCUAGAAUGCAUCCUGCGGCAUUUGGGCAAUUGAAGCAGGCACUAAAAAUGCCAUAG